GAACCGGAAGAUCCGAAACAUACGGGUCCAGCAUGGGCGGACUUCGAGUCUUCGGCUCCUGAACUACCACCUAGUGAGAGCGGUUUCUUCAGCAAUAAAGACAGCAACAAUGCAAAUGAUCUAUCUACUCAGGAUAGCUAUGAUCCAUUCAUCAUCCCAACCCAGUUCAAACCGGAAAAGGAUCCGUUUGCACCUCCUGAUAAGGACCUUAUAGAUGAGGACUACGAUCCGUUUGCUGUACGGCCGGUGGAGGACAUUGUAGCCGAUGCUAAAGCCAAGGCUGAAGAGGCUCGUUUGAAAAAGGAGGCUAACGACGAUGUGGAUUUCUUCGGAGGAACACGGCAAAGUCCAGAACUGUCAACGCCGACUCCGGAAGGGGGUAGCGCCGUCACUAGUCCAUCUCAUCGUCCAGAUGCGUUUGAAGACGAUUUCAAAUGCGAGGGUAUGGACAUGGAGACUCCAACCCCGCUUUAUGACGAAGACGAUUCGGAACCGCUCACCGAAUUCGCACCGAAGUUUGCGGGUGAUGGUUGGGAGCUGAUGGUUAGGUAUGCUUUGAAAAAGAAAACAUUCAUGGCCGACCGUUUCUGGAAACCGUGCUAUGUUCGGCUAAAUGCUAACAAUCUCCUCGUCUACAAUUCCAAAACCGACACGAAACCGAUACAGGAACUCCUACUUCAAGCCAGCUAUUCACUUUCGGAUAUCACCUUACAAGCAUACGAUGUCUACGGGAAGAUUCACACAGUUAAAUUACAAUAUGUUUUGUAUAAGGAAAAAGUUGGCAUCGCCCAGGGCAGAUUUCUCGUCUCGUUGAUGGUCACAUACCAGGUGAUGGGGUUAGUCUUGAGCUACGCUCAAUGUACGGUCCUGCUGAAGUUCGGUUCGCUACUUUAUGGUGAACUUCAAUCUUUUGUGUCCACCAUCGAGGAUAUCCUGUUCAAAUGCCCGGCUUAG